UUCAAGUACCAAGUUAUGGCAAAUCAACAAUUAUCCGUUGUUGCCGCAGUGCAGAAGGCUCAGCAGCAGCAGCAGCAGCAACAGCAACAGCAGCAGCAAGCAGUGCCAACAAUAGCGAAUGUUGUAUCGCCGGGAAAUAUAACUUUAACAGAACUGGCGCAUAGGGAGUAUCAAGCCGGGGACUACGCGAGUGCUGAGCAGCAUUGUAACACCAUUUGGCAGCUUGAACCUCGCAAUAUUGGAAUUCUUCUUCUUUUAUCUUCUAUUCAUUAUCAGUUAAAAAAUUUUGAUAAAUCAAUGCAUUUUUCGAAACUUGCUAUAACAGCCAAUCCGCAUUGUGCUGAGGCUUACAGCAAUUUAGGCAACGUAUACAAGGAACGAAACAUGCUGUCGGAAGCUCUGGACAAUUAUAGGAUGGCUGUGAGAUUAAAACCUGAUUUUAUUGAUGGGUACAUAAACUUGGCUGCAGCGCUGGUACAAGUCAGUGAUAUGGAGUCUGCUGUUACUGCAUACAUGCAGGCUCUACGGUACAAUCCUGAUUUGUACUGUGUCCGGAGCGACCUCGGAAAUUUGUUGAAGGCUAUGGGUCGCUUGGAGGAGGCGAAGGUGUGCUACUUGAAAGCUAUCGAGACUCAACCACAGUUUGCUGUAGCUUGGUCUAACUUGGGGUGUGUUUUUAAUGCGCAAGGUGAAAUUUGGCUUGCAAUUCAUCAUUUUGAAAAGGCAGUACAAUUAGAUCCCAAUUUUCUGGACGCAUAUAUUAAUCUUGGUAAUGUGUUAAAGGAAGCAAGAAUAUUUGACAGAGCAGUUGCUGCGUAUCUUCGAGCGCUAAAUAUCGCUGGAAAUCAUGCAGUCGUUCAUGGGAAUCUUGCUUGUGUCUAUUAUGAACAAGGGCUGAUUGAUUUGGCAAUUGAUAUGUACAAAAAGGCUAUUGAAUUGCAGCCAAAUUUUCCAGAUGCAUAUUGUAAUCUAGCAAAUGCCUUGAAAGAGAAGGGCCUUGUUGCAGAUGCUGAAGCUGCUUAUAAUAAAGCUUUGCAGCUUUGCCCAUCCCACGCCGAUUCGCAGAAUAACCUUGCAAAUAUCAAAAGGGAACAAGGGAAAAUCGAAGAGGCAACAAGAUUGUAUUUGAAAGCACUUGAGAUUUACCCUGAAUUCGCAGCGGCCCAUAGCAAUUUGGCGUCGAUUCUGCAACAGCAAGGAAAGUUGCAAGAUGCGAUAAAUCAUUAUAAAGAGGCCAUACGUAUUGCCCCUACAUUUGCCGAUGCCUAUUCAAAUAUGGGGAACACUUUAAAAGAAAUGGGAGAUGUUAACGGCGCACUACAAUGUUAUACUCGUGCAAUACAAAUUAAUCCAGGAUUUGCAGACGCCCACAGUAACCUAGCAAGUAUUCAUAAGGAUUCUGGCAACAUUCCGGAUGCAAUUUCUAGUUAUUCGACAGCGCUGAAACUGAAGCCAGACUUUCCCGAUGCGUUCUGCAAUUUGGCUCACUGUUUACAGAUAAUUUGUGACUGGACAGAUUAUGAUAACCGAAUGAAGAAACUUGUUAGCAUAGUCGAAGACCAGUUGCAGAAGAAAAGGUUGCCGUCGGUCCAUCCCCAUCACACAAUGCUUUAUCCUCUAACACAUGAACAGAGAAUGGCCAUUGCAGCAAAACAUGCUCAACUUUGCAUUGAAAAGGUACAAGUAUUUCAUAAGCCCCCGUACACUUUUCCCGCACGGAAUAGCGUCAGGAAAGGGAGUCGUUUGCGUAUUGGUUACGUGUCUUCAGAUUUUGGUAAUCAUCCAACAAGCCAUUUGAUGCAGUCAAUACCUGGGAUGCAUAAUAGAGAGAAUGUAGAGGUUUUUUGUUACGCGUUAUCUGCUAAUGAUGGAACGAACUUUAGGCAAAAGUUAAUGAACGAGUCAGAGCACUUUGUAGACUUGUCUCAGAUUACGUGUAAUGCAAAGGCAGCAGAUAGGAUUCAUGAAGACGGUAUUCAUAUACUGAUCAAUAUGAACGGGUAUACAAAGGGUGCACGUAACGAAAUUUUUGCGCUCCGUCCUGCACCCAUUCAGGUAAUGUGGUUAGGAUAUCCUGGUACUUCUGGUGCUCCUUUUAUGGAUUAUAUUAUAACUGAUGCUAUUACUUCACCAAUUGAGCUCUCUCAUGCGUAUAGUGAAAAGCUCGCGUACAUGCCUCACACUUUCUUUAUUGGAGACCAUCAACAAAUGCUGAAACAUCUAACCGAAAGAGUGAUACUCAAGGAAAAAAAUGACCCCAUUCCUAUAUCGAAAGAUACGGUUACUGUUGUAAAUUCAGUGAAUUUGGAACCACUUCUGGCGAAGGCCGAGGUUGUUAAGCCUUUUGUGCGUGAGGCUGAAGUUGUACAUGGGCCUGAGAAAGACAUGCGCAAAACAGAAGUUGUUCUUCCUGUGAUAGAAAUUCCAACUACGGAACCAUUGAAACAAAUGAUCGGGUCUGGGAUGAUAGCAGGUAGCGUUGAAGGAAUUCCUGUCCAGAAUGGGCUUACUACACUUAAUCAGACUCACGUAAAAGCAGCUACUGGUGAGGAAGUCCCUCAUACAAUUUUGGUCACGUCAAGACAACAGUACGGUUUACCAGAAGAAGCUGUUGUGUUCUGUAACUUCAAUCAACUGUACAAAAUUGAUCCUCCGACGUUGGUCAUGUGGUGUGAAAUUCUGAAACAGGUGCCAAAUAGUGUUUUAUGGCUGCUCCGGUUCCCGUUCCAUGGUGAGCCGAAUGUUACUCGGUUUUGUGGCGAACGUGGGAUCGAUGUGCGACGGAUUGUUUUUUCCAACGUUGCUGCAAAAGAAGAGCAUGUCAGAAGAGGUCAACUGGCAGACGUUUGUUUGGACACUCCGUUGUGUAACGGUCAUACUACGGGUAUGGAUAUUCUGUGGACUGGUACUCCGAUGGUUACCAUGCCGAUGGAAACGUUGGCGUCACGAGUUGCAUCUAGCCAGUUAUAUGCGUUGGGAGUCCCAGAGUUGGUGGCUGCUAAUCGUGAGGAUUACGUUCAGAUUGCUACCCGUCUAGGAACAGACAGAGAAUACUUGAGUCAAAUACGAGCCAAGGUAUGGAAAGCUCGGACAACGUCAACCCUCUUUAAUGUUAGGCAGUAUUGCGCUGAUAUGGAAGCUUUAUUACAUAGGAUGUGGAGAAGGUAUGCGGACGGUCUUCCCCCUGAUAACCUCUUAAACGAAAAAACUCCGCGUGAAGAAGAAGCAAAAUGCGUCUAA